ACGAACACACUUGAAUUAAAGGGAAAAGCGCGACAAAACACGCCGCAGCGCCACUUUACGCGCACACACCGGACACGGAAGAACAAGUUUAAGUUUAGACGCGCUUCACAAACGCGUCUGUUUGUGUUUAAAGUCCGAGAUCAGUUUAGGCUAAUCGGCUAAGCUAACACACGUUAGCUCAUGUCAACAAGCCGCGGCCCGGACAGUUUCCGGUGUGUUUAAAGUGUUCAACCCCCGCAAAUCACCGCACAGACUCACGGAUGUGCGGGGUCAGGUGUGUGCGGGGUCAGGUGUGUUCGUUUUCAUGUUCGUGAGUUAAAAGUCAAAGCGGGGCUAACGCCUCAUGCUAACGCCUGAUGCUAACAGCUGCGACGUGACGGAAGUGAAGUUGUCAAAGUUUAUUUUCCGUAAACACUGGACACAAACACGGAACACGGACUCAGAACACACGGGGGAAUGUUCCGUACUUGACUUUACUCUGCGGGUGAAGGUGCUUCUCGUGCGUUGCCAUGGAGCCAGGCGUGAUCCGGAUGUUCUCCUCGUCUCCUCCUCCGAUGGACGACGUUCCAGACGAGGAGGAGGACGAGUUCGGAGACUUCGGGACCUUCUCUGCGGUCAGCGGCGUUCCCACCAGCAUCAGCUUCAGCGAGUUAGACACGCCCACCACCUUCAACCAAACCCAGGCCCUGAACGCCACGUCUCCGCCCGACUUGGGCCUGUCCAGGGGGCUGAUCGGCGGGACGGAGGGGGGCAGGGCCAACGGGCAUCUGGGCAGAGCCGAGAAGAGCCUGAAGGGCGGGCAGACGGAGACGCUCACCAACGGGUUCCAGGGAAGUCCCACGUCGCAAAAAUCCGCCCCAUUUUCCCAAGACAACGAGGAGGACUUUGCAGAUUUUUCCACUUUUUCUGAUAAAGCAAAUCCAGACUCAGAGACUUUAGACGACAAAGGAUCCAGAGAGUUUAAGGAACACAAAGCUCGAAAACAAGAAACCUCAAAUUUAAACAGAACUGAAGCAGAAUUUGCUAAUUUUGCAGCUUUUUCUGAGGACUCUAGAGUAACAUUAGACGACAAACAAUCGAAAACGAUGUCAGAGGAACACAGCGACUCUACACAAACAGACCCUAACCCUUUCCCCAACAGAACUGAACCCGAAUUCACAGACUUUGGCGCUUUUUCCGAAGAUUGCACUUUAGAGAACAACUGCACAGGGUCAGAAGCCGUGUCCAAAGACGAGGACAUAGACUAUUUCCAAAAAGACGAGGCUCGGACGCAGGAGGACUGUAGCUCGCUGAACGGGAGCGCUCUGGACGCCUCCGGCUCCGUGUGCAGCUCCGAUCUGGCGUCGGAAUCGGAAUGCGGCGUCGAAAACGGCGAGAACUCCAGAUCGGCCGCGGUCGCGAACGGCACGGCGGAGAAGGACAAGGACGGCGGCUCGGAGACAGAGACCGAGACGUCGUUUGGCCGGCCUCUCUCCACCGACGCGCUGGAGGAGUUCGGGGACAUGAGCACCACCGGGUCCGUGCCGUCGCCGCCGCUGCAGGAGGAGACGGCGACGCCUACGGGAGACGACGAGGAGUUCGGGGAGUUCGGAGACGGCCUUAGCGCUCAUGAAUGUGGUGACUUGGAACAGAACCAACCUCAAAAAGCACAGAAUCAUGACGAGGAGGAAGAGGACGACUUUGGUGAUUUUAAUUCACCUGAAUUUAAAACAGAAGAAAAAACUGACAUUUCGACAAGUGAAAGUUUUGGAAAUUUGAACUCAUCUGUGAGAGCGGAGGAGGAGCCGAGUGACCAAACCCCGCCCCGAAACCUGGCACAGGAUCAGCACGCCGACGAGCCGGACGACGAGUUUGGAGAUUUUGGAGAUUUUAAUUCAAAUCCCAAAUUUGAAACUGACAAAAGUUUAAAGGCAGAAUUCCCAGAGAGCGAGAGUUUUGGGAAUUUUAGUUCAGCCGCAGCGGACGACGCAAACCUCCAAACACAGCAGUCAAACGCACAGGAGGACGACGGGUUCGGAGAGUUCGGAGAUUUCAGCGCUCAAAGUUUGAAGGCGAGCGCGGCGUCGGAGGCGGGGUUUGGUCAUUUCGGUUCGGCCGGCGCGGAGCAGGAGGCGGAGUCUGGGUGGAGCGCCUUUGGAAACGAAGACGCCAAAGACGACGAAGGAGAGACGUGGGCCGCCUUUAGGUCAGAGGUCACAGAGGAGGCGACGGGAGCGACAGGAGCGCCCGGCAGCGGGACAGGAGCGACAGGAGCGCCCGGCGGAGUGACAGGAGCGACCACGGCGUCUCUGUCGGAGCGUCUCCAGGGACUCUUCACCUCCAGCUUCCCCCACAUCCAGGCUCCAUCUGUGGACGAGGACGCUCCCACACUGAGGCUGCUGCUGGAGCCCCGCCCGGGGACGCACAGCCCCCUGAGUGUGGGUGUGUGGGUGCAGCUGGAGGACGUUCAGGAGGCUCUGGGUUUGAGGUUCCAGUGGGGCGGUUCCUGCUGCAACAAGGCUCUGCUCUGCAGCCUGGGCAUCGACACACGCAACAUCCUCUUCACGGGGCAGAAGAAGCAGCCGGUGAUCGUGCCCAUGUACGCAGCAGGACUGGGGAUGCUGGAGCCGGUGAAGCCCGUUUCUGCUGCGGAGAUGAUCGCCUCCAUCGCACACACCUCCCCCUGCUCCCCCGAGUCUGUCCAGCAGGAGGCGCUGCCCCCGGUGCAGUUCGACUGGAGCAGCAGUGGCCUUACAAACCCUCUGGACGCCAGCGGAGGCUCGUCUCUGCUGAACCUGGACUUCUUUGGUCCGGUGGAGGACUCCGAGAGCGGAGCCAGUUCUAUCCCAGGGGUGGACCCGGAGCUGUUUGAACUGACCACGGCCAAGAUGGACGCCAACAAAAUGGACGCCACAAAAAUGACUGACGCCUUUGCCCGUCUCAUGUCCACAGUCCAGUCCACCAGCACUACACGGAAGCCUCGCAGAGAUGAGAACCUGAGCGAGGAGGCUCUGAAGAUCAUCUCCAGGUUCCCAGACUUGUCCUUCAUGACGGCCAAAGUCCUCAUGUUCCCCACCAACUUAACUCCUCACGCGGCUCCAGAGGCCGGACCCGAGACCGAACCCGAGACCGAGACCGAGCCGGGGUCUGGUCUGGAGAACGGAGCGGCCUGAGGUCCUCCUCCUCCUCCUCCUCCGCCGCCGCCGCUCGUCGCCUCCAAACGCUUUUAUUUGAUUUUUAAACGAAGCAUUUAGUCGAUUAGUCGCCACCUGCAUCGCUCAGUCGACACAGCUUCAGAGAGACACUGCUCCUCACGCGUCGCUUCUGCUCCAACAUCUACUCCAAUAUCAAAAAAUCAAGAUCAGCGUUAAUAACCGACCAAUCAGACGCCUUCUUUCCCCGACCGGACGACGUUUUCUUUCUGUUUUUUUCUUUUUAAAAUCAAACCUCAGAUGGAGUUUCUCGUGGCUGUCGUACGUUGAGAUGGUGCGUCGGCUCGGUUCUCUCUAAAGCUGUCUCGUUUCAGGGACCACUCUUUGACUCCUGCGGCGUCCGUGUCUCUGUGCGUUUUAUUUUGAAGGAGCGCCUUGUGUUUGUCGCGUUUUAUUUUGAAGGAAACACUGAGAGGAAGCCACACUGCCUGCGUCCGGCCGAAUGUGUCCGAGGCCUUAGUCUGACACUGUCCUAGAGCUUUUAUUGUGAAGAAGAAGAAGAAGUCCAUCCGCUCUUAUUUUGAAGGAUUUUGUUGUUGCGCUGUUGAUUUGUUUGUUUGUUUGUUUGUUUGUUUGUCUGAAGCUGUAAAUGUGAGUCACUGCGAAUCAACAGGGACAAAACUAUCAACUCAAAAAUGAUCACAUUAUUAUCUUCAAAUAUUAAACUAUUAAAUUUACAAAAACCAGGUCUGAACCGGGUCUGUCCCAGGACUAAACCAGGACUAAACCAGGACUAAACCAGGACUAAACCAGGACUAAACCAGGACUGAACCGGGUCUUGUUCCCCUGUGGUUCUGCAGAAGCUCUUCAGUCCACUUUGUUGAGUCUUAUAUUUUUAAUCAUGUUUAAAGUGAUUUUAUUUUAUUUUAUUUUAUUUUUUUUGCAUUAAUCUAAAAAUGGGACGUUUGGGUCAAAGCCACUGAAGAGAAGGACGUUAAGGGACCAACCUGCUCACCUGCGCCACGCCCACCACACCUGGACACACCCACCACACCUGGACACGCCCACCACGCCGGGACACGCCCACAACACCAGGCCCCGCCCACACCUCAACACCAAAACACUGUCCCCAAAAUCUGAGCACAACAACAUGUGGCACAGUCUGAUGCAAAACAGUGAAAACUGUGAAAUCUGGAACAUUCUGGCCCAAAUCCAGAUCAGAACAUUUAGACCAAUCGGACCAAUCAGACGCCGCCUUUUUAGCAGCAGGUUUGAUUGACAGCGUUGCUAAGCACCCGCUCUCUGUUAAACCGGCGGUGCGGACGGGAGGGGGCGUUACCUUUAACAGCUUCGUCCCUGAUUGGCUCUUUGGUUGCCAUGACACUCGCGGUCAGAAGAAUCCAAAUACAGAACCUGACCCAGAUCUGCCUCUGGAGCCGCUGCCCUCCAUGAGCUUCAUUUGGAGCUGAGGCUGCGGUCCACGCUCUGGUCUGUGGUCUAGACCUGGGCCACAGCGUGUCUAGACCAGGUCUGAAUCUGAUCCUGGUCCUGGUCCCGGUCGUGGUCCCGGUCUGGGUGUGGGCGUGGUCCCGGUCUGGGUGUGGGCGUGGCCUGGAGUCCUCAUUCGUUGUGUGUUUUUCAUGUUUUGGUCGAACUGCUGGAGGAGGAUCUGGACUUUUGCACUUUGUGAAGAAACUCACUGUGGUCCAGACUCUGGACUCUGGUCUGACGAGGAUCCUGUGGAGUCCGGGUCUGAACCGGGACUACACCGGGUCUGAACCGGGACUUCCAGAUCCACCUUGUGUAAAUCUUUUAGUGUAAACAAGAAAUUAAACUAUUUAAGACAAAAA